UUUAAUUGUGACGCAGUUCUUGUGCCUCUUUUGCCCUCUUUUGCCUGCUUCAGAAUGGUGCCUCGCGACAACCCACCCACCCCGAGGCAGAGAGCAGAGACUGAGCCACCUGACCCGGCCCUCCUCGACAACGACGUCAUGGCCUUGUCUUAGCGCAAGAUCCCACAUUGGAGACCAUCUGGACGUCAUCGACGGCAGCGACAACCAUCACUACACUCACUACAUUGUACACACAACACACACAAUGGUCGCCGUGUCCCUACUCGACGCCGCAACAUGGCUCCUGGGCAUCAUCGCGACCGCGCCGGAGCCCCACUUCGCCCCAGAGUCGGCGGCGACGACCGCCCCCGCCCGCGUCCCCUGGCCCGAGGCGCGCGCGCGCGCCGAGGCUCUAGUGGCCAACAUGACCGUCGUCGAAAAGGUCAACAUCACCUCGGGCGUCGUGGGACCAUGCCAGGCCAACUCGGGCAGCGUGCCGCGCCUCGGCGUCCCGAGCCUGUGCUACAAUGACGGACCCGCGGGGCUGCGGUACACCGACUUCGUGACGCAGUUCCCGAGCCAGUUCACCACGGCCAUGUCGUUUGAUCGCGAGCUCGUGCGCGGCGUCGUCGAGCGCUACUCGGCCGAGUUUGCAGGCAAGGGUGUGAAUGUGCAGCUUGGUCCGCUGACUGGCGGUCCCCUCGGCCGGAGCCCAUUCACAGGCCGUAACUUCGAGGCAUCCUCGCCGGACCCAUACCUCUCCUCUACGCUCUCCUACGUGUCCAUCCGCGGCGCGCAGAGCUCCGGCCUCAUCUCGUGCGCCAAGCACUACUUCCUGUACGAGCAGGACCCGGUGUGCUCUGGCCCCGUGACGGAUGACGGGCACAGGACAGACUGCCAGCAGGUCCACUCGCUCGUCGAUGACAAAACUGUCAAGGAGCUCUACCUUCCUUCCUUUGCCGAAGCCGUCCGCGCGGGCGUCGGCGCAGUCAUGUGCUCGUACAACCAGAUCAACGACACGCCAGCAUGCCAGAGCGACGACGCGAUGAACCGCAUCCUCAAGAAGGAACUCAACUUCCAGGGCUUCGUGCUGAGCGACUUUGGCGCGACACACUCGACGGUCGAGUCCAUCAACGCCGGCAUGGACCAGGAGCUGCCGGGCACAUGGUUCUUUGGCCAGCGCCUCAUCAAGGCCCUCAAGGACGGCAAGGUCAAGGAGAAGCGCCUCGACGACAUGGUUGUGCGCAUCCUCACCCCGUGGAUCGCAUUCGGUCAGGCCGACAAGUGGAACGAGGUCAACUACCAGAUGUACAACCUCGGCGACGAGGUCAAAGUCUGGGGCCACACCUUCAGAAACCAGCAUGUCGAUCCAAGGAGGGAAGACAGCGCCGAGUUUGCGAGGAAGGCUGCCGAGCAGUCGCAUGUCCUUCUGAAGAACGACGGCGUCCUCCCCCUCAGGAAGAGCGUGCGCCGGAUCGCCCUCUUCGGCUCCGACGCAGACUACCCCAUCACUGUGAGCGGCUGCGGGCCCGACAUGUGGUGCACGACCGAGACAAAGCGGAUGCACUGGAACGGAACUGUGACGAUCGGCGGCGGGUCUGGCGCGACUUACCCCAACUAUGUGGUGCCGCCCGUUGAGGCCAUCUCCCGACGUGGACGUGAGACCGGCAUGCGUGUUGAUCACGUCCUGCGCGACGAGAAGGCGUUCUAUGAGACUAUCGCCAACGUCGCGAUCGCGUCCGAGGUCUGCCUCGUGUUCGUCAGUGUGUUCCAGUACGAGAGCUGGGACCGGUCGACGCUGCGCCUCGAUCGUGAUGGCGAGGACCUCAUCAAGCAUGUUGAGAAGAAGUGUGCCGGCGACGUCGUAGUCGUCAUCCAUGCUGGUGGCCAGGUUCUGGUUGAGGACUGGAUUGACCUACCAAAGGUCAAAGGCGUCAUCUUUGCUGGCUACCCCGGCCAGGAGACGGGCAAUGCCCUCGCCAACGUCCUCUGGGGCGACGUGAACCCGUCUGCCAAGCUGGCUUUCACGAUGGGCCGCAAGGAGUCUGACUGGCCGCCGAACAACAUCCUGCGCAAGGUCAAGAAGGGCCAUGAACCGCGACUGCACUUUGCGGAGGGCCUCGCGAUCGACUACAAGUGGUUUGACAAGCACAACAUUGACCCUCGAUUCGAGUUUGGCUUCGGGCUGAGCUACACCAAGUUCAAGCUCGAGGAUCUCCAGGUCGAGGCCAAGCACUCGCCGGUGCAGGACACGAUUCAGCAGACCAACGAGCAGCACGAGGGCCAGUACGACCUGUACGAUGUGCUCCUUGAGGCUUCCGUCAGCGUCACCAACGCGGGUGACGUGUUUGGCGGCGAAGCACCGCAGCUCUACAUGGCCUUCCCGGACACGGAGAAGGGCCAGCCACCUCGCCACCUGCGUGGCUACACCAAGGUGUGGCUCCAGCCGGGCGAGACGAAGCGUGUGACGUUCCCUCUGCGCAAGAAGGACCUCUCGGUGUGGGACGUCAAACGCCAGCUGUGGUACAUUCCCAAGGGAUUGUUUACCUUUUCCGCGGGCCACAGUUCCCGCCAGCUCGUGCUCGAGACGCGGACGGGCGUCGAAAUGUAACCGCCUGUGCGCGUUCCUUCCUUCUCAAUGCAAUGCAAUGCAUGU